AGAUGCUCCCUGGUCCAUCAUGUGGUUGCCAGCAGCUCCAACUCCUGUUACACGUUGAUCCUGGUGGGUACCCUGGGGGUGGAGGUUCCCCACGUCUGGCUCUCCAUCCCUCUCACCUCCAUCUACACUGUGUCCCUCACAGGGAACUGCACAAUCCUCUUUGUCAUCUGUCCCAAUCUGAGUCUCCACGAGCCCAUGUCCCAGUUCCUCUCCACACUGCCCAACAGUUUGGGUUUGUCUCCAUCUACAGCGCCAACUCUGGUGACAGUUUUCUGGGCCAACUACAAGGAAAUCCGUUUUGAAGCCUAUUUUGCUCAGCUUUAUCUAGUUCAUUCCUUCUUCAUGGAGCCUUUCCUUCUUCUGGCCAUGGCCGUGGACAUCUCCUACCCGCUGAGAUACUCCUCCAUCCUCACCAGUGCUUUGAACAACUGCUUGUCCCGCAUCCUGGCAGUCUUGACCCUGUACAUCCUGCACAUCCCCAUGGUUGGCUUGUCCUUGGUUCACCAGUAUGGCCAGCAUGCUCGUUCUGAAGAGCUGCUCUCCAGCCAGGCUGUCCUGGUGAACACCAAGGCAGGACCUGGUCUGUCCCAGGUGCAGGAAUUUGGGGUUUUUAAAUGA